AUGGCCUCCACACUUAGUGAGUCAAUGCGGACCGCUCUCGCGUCGCGUGACCGUAAGUCUUCACUGCGCACCCUCAGCGUUGUCCCACCCGAUUCGGUCGAUUUCUCUUCCAACGACUUUCUGUCUCUCUCUGUGUCGGCCGCACUUCACGGCGCUUUUGUCGAGAACCUCCGCACUGGCCCAUUGCGCCUCGGCUCUGGCGGCUCCCGGCUUUUGGAUGGCAACAGCGAGUAUGCUACUGCCCUCGAAGCCACCAUUGCCUCCUUCCACAACGCUGAGGUGGGCUGUCUGUUUAACUCGGGCUUUGACGCCAACGCCGGCUUCUUUGCUUGUGUCCCGCAGCCGGGCGACGUCAUCGUGUAUGAUGCGGUCAUCCACGCGAGUGUGCACGAGGGCAUGCGGCAGUCACGCGCUGGAGUGCGAGCGCCGUUCGAGCACAACGACGUUGGUGAUCUAGAUCGUGUCCUGCUGAAAGCUGUGGCGGAGGAUGCGCAAGUAAAGCGCGCAUGGAUGGCGAUGUCGCGCCGCUGA